AUGAAUCUGCGAGGGCAGCCCUCUGCUUUCGGUGGGAGCCAGCAUCUCAAGAACCUCGGCAAGGUGGUUGGUGCCAAAGUCAAUGAUUUCCUGCGCAGGAAAGAACCUGCCGACCACAGCAACUUGGGGGUGACAGAAGUCAAUGAAAGCGCAGGAGCAGUUCUCUCACACAGAGAAGACGCUUUGCUGGGAGGACAGGACCAGGUCGCGGGGCAGUCCCCAAUCGAUGCAAUCCCCCGGCUUGACCCACCACCGCUGAUGACCAAGAAGCGCACACCCAGAGCUCUGAAAACCACUCAAGACAUGCUGAUGGUUUCCUCGCCAUUGGUGGGUAGCACAGAAGCCUCCUUUCCGGAGGAAAUCCAGGAACGUGCAUGCCAGCCAGCCAGCACAAAGGAAGGGGACGAGAUCGGUCCACCAGCACAGGAGGAAGAUGGAGCCAGUCCCAGCAGGACCUUUAGUGUGCCUGACCUCAUUCAUAAGGAGAACCAGGAGCCCAGGCUGAACAGUGCUUUCCAGAUACCAUCUUCUCCUGCCUCAGAGAAUUUGGCUCUAAGACUCAGUUUGAGCCCUAGCAAAUGCCUUCCUGAGCACCACUUGCAAAGCAGCAUAGAUCCCUCCACGCCAAGGACAUCCACACUAGAAAGCGAAGGCCGCAGCCCAGACUUGCUCUCGUUUGAGUAG